AUGUCUACGACUCUCCGGUCGGCCGUCAAUGGCCGGUCAAGCUCGACGGCUGUCAUCAUCCCGCGCACGGUGGCCUCGCCCACGCCGCUCGUCGUCUCCUAUCUCGACCUCGUCUCGGACGUGUCUCGCUACCAGGCCAAGCUCGCAGGACUCGGCAUUGGUCUGGCGGCACCGGUAUCUAUUGCCACGGUCAACUCGUACGAGUUCAUCGUUGCCUUUCUCGCUGCUGCCUGGCAGCGUGCCGUGGCUGCACCGCUCAACCCGGCCUACAAGCAGGACGAGUUUGAGUUCUACAUCGAGGACGUCAAGUCGGCCAUCGUGCUCGUCCCCCGAGGCGCCUAUGCUGCCGACAGUCCGGCCGUGCGUGCUGCUCGUAAGUUCCAUGCCGCCAUUGCAGAGUCGUACUGGGACGAGGCCAGACGUGAGGUCGCCCUCGACGUCAAGGAGCUGGGACAGCUGGAAUGCCUGACCGCUCAGCCGGUCCUAGUGGCCGAGCCCGACGAUGUGGCCCUUGUGCUGCAUACGAGCGGUACUACUUCUCGGCCCAAAGUGGUGCCUCUCACACAUCGCAACCUGACACGGACGAUGAAGAACAUCCAGGACACAUACCAGCUGACUCCGGCCGACCGUACGAUGCUGGUGAUGCCUCUAUUUCACGUGCACGGGCUGGUGUGCGGCCUGCUGGCGCCGCUGCGGUCGGGCGGAUCACUGAUCGUGCCGCCCAAGUUCUCGGCCACCGAGUUCUGGCGCGACUUCGUCGAAUACGGCGCCAACUGGUAUACGGCCGUGCCGACGAUCCACCAGAUUCUGCUGAAGAACCCGGUGCCGCAGCCGCGGCCGGCCAUCCGGUUUGUGCGGUCGUGCUCGUCGCCGCUGUCGCCAACCGUCUUUGCCCAGCUCGAGGCUGCCCUGGGUGCGCCCGUGCUCGAGGCCUACGCCAUGACCGAGGCUGCCCACCAGAUGACGUCCAACCCGCUGCCACCGGCCCAGCGCAAGCCCGGUGCCGUCGGUAUCGGCCAGGGCGUCGAGAUGCGCAUCCUCGACGAUGCCGGCACCGAGCUGCCGUCCGGCGCCGAGGGCGAGAUCUGUGUCCGGGGUGAGAAUGUCACUAAGGGCUACCUCAACAAUCCGGCCGCCAAUGCUACUGCCUACACGGCCGACGGCUUCUUCCGCACCGGCGACCAGGGCCGCAAGGACCCAGACGGCUACAUUGUCAUCACCGGCCGCAUCAAGGAGCUCAUCAACAAGGGCGGCGAGAAGAUCAGCCCCAUUGAGCUCGACAACAUCCUCGCCCGCCAUCCCGCCAUUGCUGAGGCCGUCUGCUUUGCCAUCCCCGACGACCUCUACGGCCAGGACAUUGGCGUUGCCGUCGUCCGCAAGGCCGGCGAGCCGCUGACGGCCGACGAGCUGCGCGCCUGGGUUGCCGACAAGGUGGCCAAGUUCAAGGUGCCCAAGAAGAAGCUCACAAGCCAGAUCUACUUUACCGACGUCAUGCCCAAGACAGCCACCGGCAAGAUUCAGAGACGGAUCGUUGCCGAAACCAUGCAGAAGCAGGACGGCAAGGCGAAGUUGUAG